GUAUUGGCCUUCAUGGAUGCAGCGUCACGCGCCACGAAAUGUUAUGAUGACGAUGGCCACCCGAUAGUCGCGGAUAAGAACCCGAAAGUCGUCGGUCAUCGUCGGGUUUUGUGGAUGCAUCGAGAAGAGGAAAAAGUAGAUGGUUACUUUUCUGAAGGACGAAUGAGACGUCGCGACGCGGGACUGUGGCACUCGCUGGUUGGCAAAUAUGAUGGGGAAAAAGGCGGAGCGAAGCUCGUUGAUGCUGUUGAUGAUAAAGAAUAUAAUACGGCUGAUGAUGAGGGCAGAAGGAAGAUACGGAAGGCUUAUAUAGUGG